AUGAUGAAAACAUCAAAACAAGUUGCUGGUUGCUCCACAGCAAGAGUUGCCAAGCUAAGAGGGGAUUUUGGACUUGGACGACGUAGACAAUCAAUUGAAGCCUGGAUUGAUCUUGACAAUGCCAAAGUACAACGCGAAGAAGCGCGUGUUUUUUUGCGCGGCCAUUCGUUUUCCGCCCGGCAUCGGUCGCGCAACACGAGUAUUCUUGUGUCUCCAUUUGCCGUUAUGGAUCUGCAGCCACCUUCAGUACUGGCUCAAUUGCCUCGCCCAUUGCAUGCCUCUACUGGUAAAACCCAGGUUGGCGAGGUGUAUAGUUUGGCCGAAUCGAAGAAGCGAAAAAGAUAUGAGGUCGUUGUUGCGGUCGAUGGGGAGGCUGUGAACAUCUACAACAUACAAACCCCCAAGCUCGUUACCUCCUAUGCCGUUCCACCGCAAUCCUCUUUCUCCUGUCGACCAUGCUCAGUGCGAAGAAAGCUCGCGAAAAAGUCCGUUGUGAAGCGACAAACUUUCGUCGCCGUGGACCGACCUGGACGAGAAAUACAAGCUUUUGUUGAAGAAAUUGGGGGCACUGGAUCAAGUGCGCCUGUCAUUUCGUCUUCGUCAUUCUCCGUGAGCGACUCGAGCAGCCCUACGGUUUUCGUCGGCAUCGUCCCUAUCGCUCCUAUGGAAGAUGACGAACAGGACUCAUUCGAUGUCUUGACUGUGCAUCAGGAUGGCCUUGUACGAAGGUUGACGUCUGACCUUAAGACUCAGCGGUGGAGUGUGAACCAUACCGAAAUCGCGAAGCUUCGCUCAACUCAUAAAGUUAAUUCCUGCUUUUUGGUGGACUUUGAUGAUGCAAAGAAAUAUCUGUUCAAAAGGCGACAAGAUCUGGUGGCUAUGGCUCUCGGUGAUUUGACCGACUCUGGAGUAGACGAACCUUCCGUGCUGGUGCUUGUCUCACAUCCGACAGGUUCGAAGCAGAUCGCUUUGAGUGAUGUUCAGGUUCAAAUUUUCUCUGUUCCCUCGAGUGCACCUUCGGAAGGACGGAUUCUUGACGAAAGCCAGAAGUUGAGACAUCUUCAAACAGUAACCUUGCCCAACAUCGAUGAGCUCAAGACAUUCGAUAGCAGCUCUCUGCAGUGGUACUUCCAUCCCGGGUCCGCGGGAUUGAAUUUGUCAUUCGAGAAGGGUUUUGUCAACAUUGAUCUCUCACAAUACGCGCCGACUGUGACAACGCGCUUCAUCCUUGAAGAUGAGAGUUUCUCUUCUCUGAUGCGCACCUCUCCUCAAUCAGUGAUUGCUGCUGGCAAAUCAAUUGUCGCUUUGUUCGACACACAAUACCAAUCCAUCCAGCGCAGUAUCGCAGUGGACAGUGUCCCUUCUGGUGGCUCCACGUCGCGCACAAUGUUCGUCAGCUACUUUGCUAAACUUGGUGUCGCUGUUGCGAUCAAGGGCAACGCACUAUUUGCAUUUGAUUUGAGCUCGUCGAUUAGUUCCCUUAAUUCUACCCUGAAACGGCCAAGGGAUGGCCUUCUCAUUGAUGCUAUUGGGCGCGGCAUUGGCUCGCCCGCGUUCCAAUUGGAUGCGUCUUCGAAGAAGAAUCGCACCGAAAUCAUGGCAUCGCUAGGUCUUACUUCGGCUGAACAGGUUAGCAAGUGGGAGGAGUUUACACAGAAGGUCGAAAAAUCCGCCAAAUCCAACGAUAACGCUGCGUUUGACGACGCGGUCCUUGAUUACUUCGGAGUCGGCGCUCCCAAGGCUUUGCCUGCGGCGCAACACUACGUGAACCCAGAAAUGGUACUCUUUCUGCUAUCCAAGAUCUUUUCUCUCAGAGAAGCAAGAAGCAAGGACAAGCUGUCGGCUACGUCAGACUCGCGCUUGACCAUUGGCAUUUGGCCGGAGAUGACCUGCAGAUGGCUUAUUCAACUCGGACACUUUUGCCUAAGCAGUGUUGAGAUUGCUCUGAGACGAGUUCAGAAGCCGCAUAUUCUGCCGCCACUGCCGACUGGUUCAUUUACCCAAGCCGUGAUCGAUUCUGAUCGUUCACUACAUCACUUCAUUGACGUCCUCCAAGGGUCGGUACUCCUCAAUGCAGAUGAGCUGGCAUAUGCCCUCAAGGUCUUGCUGACCAUGGCUCGGUCGCAUUCCAUGGUCUUAGAAGAAGCCACCAAGUCUGUGACAUAUGAUGAUGAGAACUCGAAUCAUACAAGCAAGGAGGUCACCUUACACAAUGCUGAAGCAAGCUUGCAAGAUAUCUUUAUCGGGUUCAACACCACCCUGCAGAAAAUUCACAACCAACCCUUCCCCACGAUCGUCAGCUCCUUCCGCUCUGCCCUCUCCAGAUCCGAAUUGCUCUCCAUCGUCCAUCAUCUCCGCCUUUGCCUCGCGACUGGAGGGUAUACCUCGCGCUUCACCGAAAACCCGCCCAGCCCCUUCUCCCCCGAACAGACUACACCGUCACUUUCCUUAAACACCAUUAUAAAUCUGCUGAACGCCGCUGUCGAUGCCAUUGGCCCUUCGGGAUGGAUCACCGCGGCAGGUAUCGACGACGCGAGCACACGAGACCUUGACCUCAUCGCCGAUAUGAAGUCCGAGAUCUCCGCUGCGCUUGCGGGAGUAGAGGAAGCUACAUACCUCAAGGGUAUCCUGCGCGAGUACCUCCGCUUCGCAAACAGCUUCACACAUUCCUCCGCCACGGGCAAGACGGGCGAUGUGGCCAAGCAAGCCGCAAGUCAGGAGACAUCCUCCGGGCUCGUCCGGUAUGAGAAACUCAACGGAGCCGAUCUGAUGGUGUUUGGACUCCCCGAAGGCGACGAAGGUUACGACAUUGACGCCAGCGGAAAGAUGCUUCCGUUGUCCCUCAAGGCUCCGAAAACAGAUGUGAGCAAGACGAAGGUGAAGAAGUCUACGGGCGAGGUGAAGACCCGGAGUAGCCGUGAGAUCGGAUAUCUGCGACGCAAGGCUGCUGGCAAGUACUCCUUUGAGAGGCUUCUUGUAUAG